AUGUCGUCCACCGCCCAACUCCUCCAGCGUGUGGCCUCGCUGGCUGCGCCAGAACGUGACCAGGAAGUUGUGCGUUAUGCUCGGUCCUCGCAGGACAACCUCGCCUCGGUCCUCGCGGAACUCGACGCUGGCGGAAUGUACGAACGGCGUUUGGGGGCACUGAUGGCCGUCGCGACACGCGACGCCGCCUGGAUCACAGCACAUGUCGCCGACGAGGACGCCGCCUUGUCUCGCUGGGCCAUGAAGGCAGCCAUGGUUGCCUGCCCCCAGGCCCUGGACGCAAGUCUCGAAGACGCGCCCGCCGUGCGCCGCGCGGCACUGAUCAACGCUGUUCUUCAGUCGCACCACGGGGCGAAACGAACCGCGCUCGCCGACCGACUUUUCCCACUGUUCGCGGAGUGGAGCACAGAGGGUGUGGGCCUGCUCGCUGCCUGCUCUCCAGGUGUCGUCGCGUCGGCCUUGCCUAGCCUCUUACACGCAGUCACUCGCUGGAGGUCCCUCGCUCGGGCCCACCCUGCCAUUGUCCUCGAGACACUCCGCGCCGACCUGGCUGCCGCUCCAGCCGUCGACAAGUGGUGGAACAAGUACGCCACGGCUUUACAGUCCAUCCUUCGCGUCUCGCCAGCUAGCGCAACUGCCAUUCUCGGCGCACUAGACGACCGCCCGCCCACGACCUUUCCCUCGGGCCUGCGUUCCUCGCUCAACAUCUUUGCACGGACGGCACCUGGCCGGGUGCUCACGCUCCUGACAUCGGAACUUGGCACUGGCGUCGGGUACCUCGCUCCAAACCUCAUACGCACCCUUGCCCGCUCAGGCGCGCCCGAGCUCGUCGACUAUGCCCGUUCCGUUAGCGGCAACAGCUACGACCUUGCACGUCUCCUGUCAGCACAGCCCCCACGCGACCGGGCGGCGACCUACAACGCCGCAGUGGCAGGGCGUGGCGGAGCCCAAGUCGACGGCGUCAUCCUCGACGCUCUCCCGAGGGCGCUCGCAGCCGAGUUUGCGCGUCGAGACCGCAAGGCUGGCGAGGAGAAGGGCGACUCGUGGCAAGUACUGCUGUUCAAAGACGUCUACCUGCCUCCGGCUGAGGUCCGCGAACCCUUCUUGGAGGGUACUCGCCGUCCUGGGGCGGACGAGCGUAGUACCGCAUGGGCGUUGUUUGUCCGGAACGCAGUCUACUCGGGCGACCCAACGGCCGUGACAGCGGUUGUGGUGGCCGCUGCCGAGCGGCUUCGCAACGAACAGAGCCCCGUUCGCCUCAGUGCUAUUUCAUCGUUUUCAUCUGUUCCCGCGCGCUUGUGGACUAUCGAGGCUCUCCCUCACCUGACCACCGUCUUUCAAGACGCCCUCGACGCACCCGAUACCAAUGACAACGCGUGGAGCGAACUCAUAAUGGUUGCCAUCAGGAUGCUCCGGGAGCGGGGCAGUUCACCAGAACACGUCAAGUGGGCCAUGGACUGUUUGACAAGGGCGAACGUGGCAGCUCGCAUGUUCCAUAUUGGAAGGCGCGACACGCUGCCUCGCAGGCAGGCUAUGGCUCUCUGCAAAACCCUCCGUCCCAUUAUCGACGCUGACCUCAACCGCAAUGACUGCAACCUCGUCAUUGCCCUCGCUCAAGUUCUUGGAAAACACGUCAACGACGUUCCUGAGCUGGAAGCAGACCUCCUCAGGGCUAUCCAAAAUGGCAAACGCUACUAUGCGAUUCAAGCAGUAGACUGCUGGCUCUUGCCCAAGCCUACGAGACACGACCGCGUUCGGCAGCUCAUGGACUUUAGUCCUUCGGCUGCCGACCUCGCCCCAGUCGCCAAGGCCCUGUCGUGGUCGUGUACGGAGCUCCUGGGCGCCGCGCUCGGCAGCCCCCCGUAUGGCCGUUUCCUCAACAAGCAGACUGCCUGGUCUUUCCCAGCCGACUCGCGCGCUACUCGCCGCUGGACUCCCGAACAGACGACGGCUUACCUCGCACAACUCAGCUACCUCGUAAGCAAGAAGGAUCUGCCGACGUGGCACCGCUGCAACGCCGCUCGCACUGCAGGUUCUGUUACUGGCGGGCUCGAUCUUGCGCGCGAGUUGGCCAAGUCCGACAACCUGCCAAUCUCCGAGGCUGCGCUCAUGUCCCUGAGCUCGUCCCCCGACGACCUGCCGCUUCUGUUCAGCUUUGCUGACAACGACAAGGCCCGUGUGGCCAUGUACGCUGCGACUCGCGCAAGCAGGUUUGUCAAACCGUCUCGCCUCGAGCCUCUCCUCGAAGGCAUCCUCACGUCCAAGGCCAAGGUUACGAGCCGCAAGGAGGCUGUGCGCCUUGCGGCCCAGCGACUCCCGGCGCCUCACGCCGCAUCGCUGCUACAGCGGAUUGUGCCCGAGGCGCACAAAGACGUCCGCGCCGCUGCGAUCUCGUUUGCUGCCUUCCAGCUGCUUGGUACGGACGGCGGCUGGGCCAUUGUCAGCAGUGCUGCAAAUGACAAGGACGAGGCGCCCCGCCUCGCUGCGAUCCGCGUCAAGCCGUUGGACGUGGCGCCCGAGUACCGGGAGCGAUAUGCACAGCUGGUAGGCGUCCUGUCCCAGACCGACGACGACAAUGUGGCGUCUAUGGCUCUUGUUACCCUCGAGUGGUGGGCACCAUACUCGGCUUCUGCCCCCGUCAUCCUUGGAAACGCAGCGGCAGACAUGGCUCGCCCCAGCCGUUCCGUGUGGCAGUCUGCUGCUAUGGCAUUGGUCAAGAUUAGCGACACACCCAGUGGGCAGAAGAGCCUGUGUGACGCCAUGGCCUCGCUCGUUGCUCACGGUCCCGAACCUGACGCAGAGGACAAGUGGGACCGCCCCGCCGAUCGCCGCAUUGCGUUCAUGGCUGACCACAUCGACACCCUCGCCGAGCGCGACAGAAAGUAUGGCGCCACUGCGCUCACAUUGUCCCGACUCUUGGCGCAACACGACUUUAUCAGCGACGCAGCGAACCUGCGCCUCAGUGCCACCGAUCUGGACAAGGACGCGGCCACGGUCGUCGAGGAGCUGCGCGAGGUGGCGUUCCUCUGUACCGACCGUCCGGUGCUUGCCGCCGAGCUGGGGCAUGAGCUCAAGGACCGCCUCCAGUGCCGCAGAGGCAACGACGAGCAGUUUCUGGCCGUCGUACGUGACCUCGCGGCGCCGAGUACGGCUGCCGAGGGUCUUCUGGCUGUUGCAAUCGUGGAUGCGUGCGGAGGCAGGGGCGACUGGCCGCACGACUGGCGCAACAUGGUCAAGCUGUUGCGGAACCAUGCCGUUCCCGACGUGCGUGGUCGGGCAAAGCAAAUCAAGACUGCGGACGCGUAG